UGCUGUUCAACACGUGCUUGGCAUGGGAAGCGUUUGUAUCGGCAGCUAAAAGUUAAUUUCUAUUAAUAUUAUUUAUUAUUUAAUUUGUAUUAUUAUUGAAUAUAAGUAGUGAUUUAAACCUGCAUACAGCCAUAUAAUAUAAUAAUAAUGGCAAUGCUCGCAGAACCGCGUCGUCGCAAGCGCUACAAUUUGAGUCCGCGCGGCAAGGCGCUCUACGAAGAUGAUACGCGCUUCGGCAUGAAAAUGAUGGAGAAAAUGGGCUGGGCGAAAGGACGUGGUCUGGGUGCCAACGAGAAUGGUUCUCAGGAAUUUAUACGAGUGCGCUUUAAGAACGACGCUCUAGGAUUGGGCUACGAAACACGCGAUGAUCAAUGGACCAUACAUGAGGAGGGCUUCAAUGGAUUGCUAAAAUCACUAAAUGUAGAGGAGGAGAACGGAAAUGAAGCGAAUGGCAAUGCAUCCGAUUUAGAAGAAAACGCCCGACCCAUGGGUUUUGGUUUCAAAGCGCCAGUAGCCGCUGUUAAAGAGGCACAGCCAAAGAAACUCAAGGAAAAGUUAAGCGGCAUUUCACUGGAGGAAAAAUCCAAAGAUAGUAAAGCUCGCGUACAUUACAAGAAAUUCACACGUGGCAAGGAUCUUUCACAAUACAGUGAAAAAGAUCUGGCCAAUAUAUUUGGAAAGAAGGCCACAGAUGAAAUUGAGAUUCCAGUGCAGAUUGAGAAAGAGGAAGAAAUGGAAGAGGAGAAGCCUGUGAAUCCCAACUUUGCGGGCGUUAAAACUGUAAGCACUGGACUCUCUGUCAAUGAUUACUUCAAACAGAAAAUGGAGGCAAUAAAACAAAGGUUGGCGAACAAGAAUACCAUAAAUACCACAUUAAAUGGAUCAGCAAAUGCAUUGGUAAUCGAAGACGAAAACGGUGAAGAAGUGCCCGCUAAAAAGAAACACAAGAAGAAGGAUAAAAGCAAAGAGGAGCUUGAGAUAACAGAAACUGAAGUGGUAACAAUUGAAGAACCGUCGAAGAAAAAAAAGAAAUCAAAGCGUGCAGCCGAAGAGAGUACGAAUACAGAGCACAAAGAAGACCCGGCUACAGAGGCGUCUAAUGAGCCAAAGCGCAAAAAGAAAAAGAAGGAUAAGGUAAAGGCUGCGGAAGAUUUGACAGAACUCUGCGAACUAGUUCCAGCGUUAGAAGAGACUAAAAAUAAUAAAAAUGAGCAGAGCAAUGCAGAUGAGGAGUAUAUAGGAAAACUGCCCAAAAAGAAAAGCAAAAAAAGCAAAGAAGAGCUCACUGAGAAACCAGAGUUAACAGAGAACACAAUUCCUGACAACUCUGCCAAGAAAAGGAAAAACAGUCAAAUAGAAAAUAAAGAAGAUAAGAUAAACGAGGUUGAAUUUCAAAAGCAACCUGAAUAUAAUGAAUUACCUGCCAAGAAGAAAAGCAAGAAAAAUAAAAUAGAAGACAAAGAAGGGCUAAAGGAAUUUGAUUUGCAAGAGGAAACAAGACAAGAGAAAACUGAGAAACCUGCCAAGAAAAAAAGCAAAAAGAGUAAAACAGAGGAAAAGGAAGAAGAGACAAUUCCAGAAAAAAUCGACGAAAAACCUGCCAAGAAGAAAAGUAAGAAGAGUAAAACACAGGAUAGGGAAGAGGAUCCAAUUCCAGAAGAAAUCGACGAAAAACCUGACAAGAAAAGUAAGAAGAGUAAAACACAGGAUAGAGAAGAGGACCCAAUUCCAAAAGAAAUCGACGAAAAAACUGACAAGAAAAGUAAAACAGAAGACACAGAGGACUUAGUGCAGCCACAAUUGCAAGAGGAAGUCAAAUCUAAAAAGAAAUCGAAAAAAAGCAAACCCUCCAAUGUGGAUGAGCUUCAAGACAUCUCCAGAGAGCUUCCAGUGCCUGCCAAUAAGGAGAAAUCUAAGCAGCCCGAAACUGAUGUAAGUGCAACAGCUGAUGAAAUUGAAUGCUCCAGUGACGCGACAGCUGCAGCAGAAAAUAGUGGCGCAAGCUAUCUAUCAAUGGAGCAAUUGAAAAGCUUGCUCAACUCAUACAAUGUCUUACAAAUCUCUUCAUUUUGUGCAGAAAAGUUUCACAUCUUAGAUAUGCAAGCAUUCGAGAAUUCAACACUAAGCGGAAUACCUGGCUACAGUUUCGACGAGAACAUUGAACUGAAGAUCGUGGAGAUAAAGUCGGAUGCGUGUCGCAUCAUGAAUCUGUGGGAGGGCAAACAGGCGAAAUAUGGACAUCAGUCAGAUGAACAGCGAACACGCAGAAUGGUUAACAAGCUAACAUUUAAGAAACUUACGAGUUCGCAUAUUAAAAAGAUAAACAGUUAUAAUGCCUUCUCAGGGCUGUAGAUGAGUUAAAAAUUC